AUGGCGGAUGAGAAUGAGACAGCACCGAAGCCGGAGAAAGAAACUGGGGAAGAGGAAGACCAUGGACACUGCAGCGAUUGUGAAAACGAGGAGCAUCACAUGGAUGAUGGGGACAAGGGCGAGUCCGGUGCCAAAAAGAAGAAAAAGAAACAGAAGAAAAAGAAGGAUAAGUCUGGAGGCAAGGACGCUGCACAAGACCCUUUGGCAAAGGUAAACUCUCUCCCUGUUGAUAAACUCCAGGAGAUUCAGAAGGCCAUUGAGUUGUUCUCAGUCGGACAGGGCCCAGCCAAAACCAUGGAGGAGGCUACACGUCGCAGUUACCAGUUCUGGGACACCCAGCCUGUCCCUAAACUAGGAGAGGUGGUGACAACACAUGGUUCCAUAGAACCAGACAAGGAUUCCAUUCGAGAGGAAUCGUACAGUCUCCCACAGGGCUUUAGCUGGGAUGCUCUCGACUUGGGCAACCCUGCGGUGCUGAAGGAACUGUACACUCUUUUGAAUGAAAACUAUGUGGAGGAUGAUGACAACAUGUUCCGCUUUGACUAUUCUCCUGAGUUUCUGCUUUGGGCUCUUCGUCCUCCGGGCUGGCUGCGUGAGUGGCACUGUGGUGUGAGAGUGAACUCCAAUCAGAAGCUCGUGGGCUUUAUCAGUGCCAUCCCAGCCAACAUCCGCAUCUACGACAUAGAGAAGAACAUGGUGGAGAUUAACUUCCUGUGUGUCCAUAAGAAGCUUCGUUCCAAACGCGUGGCGCCUGUUCUCAUCCGUGAGAUCACCAGACGGGUCAACCUGAAGGGCAUCUUUCAGGCCGUCUACACCGCUGGGGUGGUCCUGCCCAAACCAGUGGGCACCUGCAGAUAUUGGCAUCGAUCUCUGAACCCACGUAAGCUGAUAGAGGUGAAGUUUUCUCACCUGAGUCGAAACAUGACUAUGCAACGCACGAUGAAGCUCUACCGCCUGCCUGAGGCCCCUAAGACGGCGGGCCUCAGGCCGAUGACCCGUAAGGAUGUGCCGGCGGUUCACAGCCUGCUUCUGGAGUACCUGAGUCAGUUCCACCUGGUACCUGUCAUGACCCCAGAUGAGGUGGAACACUGGUUCCUGCCCCAGGAGAGCAUCAUCGACACUUACGUGGUCGAGGGUUCGGAGGGGAAAAUAACCGACUUCCUGAGUUUCUACACGUUGCCGUCCACCAUUAUGAACCACCCUGUGCAUCGCAGCCUGAAGGCGGCCUACUCCUUCUACAACGUACACACUGCCACCCCACUGCUCGACCUGAUGGGCGACGCCCUCAUCCUCGCCAAGUCGAAAGGGUUUGAUGUCUUUAAUGCACUGGAUCUGAUGGAGAAUAAGACAUUUUUGGAGAAGCUCAAGUUUGGCAUUGGAGAUGGAAAUCUGCAGUAUUACCUGUACAAUUGGAAAUGCCCAGGCAUGAAUUCAGAGAAGGUGGGUUUGGUACUGCAGUGAACAGUUUUCCAUCCUUGGCCCCUCCCCCUCCUCGUGCCGUAACGUGGCCAAGAUAAAACAUUACGCACUGACCACCCAGACAGACGACGGACUUUCCCGCCUCAGGAACAAGAAGGCACCGCCCAUUUUUACAUUUUUUUGAACUUUGAACCUUUUUUGGACCUGCACUACUUACUGCUGUCAGGCCUGGAGGCGAAGGUUAAGGAGGAGUGACCUAACUCCUUCAUUCUCUCUCUCUCUCUCUUUCUGUGUCUCUCUUUCUCCUUCUCUCUCUCUCUUUGUUCCCCCCUCUCAAUGCAUGGACAAAAAAAACAAACACUGUAAUUACCAUAAUCAAGCCAGAACAGCGUUAGUCUGUUGCGAUUGUACCAUGCCCACACACACACACACACACACACACACACACAGAGGAAAUUAAAAACAAGAGGAAUAAAAAUCACUGUUAACAUCUGAAACAGCUCAUGAAAUUCUCAUAUAUAGUUAAUCCGCUACUCGUCUACCUAACAGAACACUUACACAUUUGACAUGACAUUUCCCCCCCCCCCCCUCAUGAGACGUCUCGCUGCAAAGACGAGAAAAGAAUGGACAGAAUUCUUCUUGUCGUUUU